UUGCUUCUUACAGAAAGGUUUAAUGGGUUGUAUAAAAAUUUAUAACAACCAUACACAUAGCAUCAACACAGCAGAAAGCCUUAGAUAUUUACCAGCUAAUAAUGAUGUAAAAAAUUUGUUUUUUGAGUAUUUUGACAAUGGUAUGGGUAUAGCUGAAGCUCAAAAAUAUCACGAACAAUUGUUAGAGUUGAAAGAAGAUUUUAAACUAGAAACAUUAGCUAAUGGUUGCAUAAAUCCCUGUUACCGUACAAUUCGUCAUUGGCACGACAUUUGGAGAGAUUUGAACUUGGGUCCUCGUACUGGUGAUGGAUUAAUUGAGAAAAUUAAAGAAAAACAGAAGGUAUAUGAAGAAAGUGGCACCACAGUUUUAUUUAGAGAAAACCCAUUUGGUAUAAUUAUAAUUACACCAAUCAUGAAAAGAGCUCACCAGUUAAAUUUUGCAAAAGAAAUUAUAUUUGUUGAUAGCACCAGUGCAUGUGAUCCAUUAAACCAUGCCAUAACUUUUAUUAUGUGUCCCAGUGCAGCUGGAGCUAUUCCUUUGGCAAUAAUAGUUACGAAAGGUCAAACAUAUGAAUCUUACUGUCAAGGAUUUUCAUUAUUAAAAGAAGCUGUUCCUGAAAGCUUUUGUGGUCAGGGAUUUCCUAAUAUUUUUAUCACAGACCAAAGUGCAGCAGAAAUUAAUGCUAUUAACUAUAUUUGGCCAAAAAGUUCUACAUUACUUUGUGUAUUUCAUGUUCUACAGGCUGUUUGGCGUUGGUUGUGGGAUUCGAAACAUAAUAUACCAUUGGAAAAACGUAAAAUACUUAUAAAAGAAUUUCGAACCAUCUUGUACUCUGAAUCAAUCGUUGAUGCAGAACAUGCUUAUUUAAAGUCAACUGAAAAAAAUCUCGACUGUCCAAAUUGGAUAAGCUAUAUUCAAAAUUAUUGGAGUUAUAGACAAAAAUGGUGUUUAUGUUUUAGAGAUCACACUUCAAGAGGUCAUGUCACAAAUAACUAUUGUGAGGUCGCUGUAAGGCUGUUCAAAGACCAUGUAUUAUGUAGGGUAAAGGCUUAUAAUGUUUUAGCUCUAAUUGAUUUAACAUGUACUGCCUUAGAAAACUAUUACAAACAUAGAUUAAGGGAAUUUUCAGACAGUAGAAAUUCAUCGUCCAGGUUAUUUCUACAAAAAAUGAUUAAAAAAACUACUUAUUUAAAAAAAGAAAUGAUUAUUCAAGAAAGUGAUGACGAGUUUUUAGUUCCGAGUGAAGAAGAAAGUGGCUUAAUGUACUAUGUUGACACUAACAGUGGACUUUGUUCUUGUUCAGCUGCUCUAACUGGAACAUUUUGUAAACACCAAUGUGCGGUUUAUAAAUAUUUUGGUGUUAAGUCUGAAUAUUGUCCAGUUAUAACUCCCACAGAUCGAUUCAACAUAGCUAAAAUUGCAUAUGGAGAUAAAGUUUUGGAUGAAUCAUUUUAUGAACCAUUCUUAAAAGAAAAUAAUGGUCCAAUUAAUUAUGUCGAAAUUGAAACUAUUAAAGAAGUUGAAAAUAAUGUACUAUGUAAUGAAAGCUGUAAUACUGAAGAAAAUAGACCUAGCACAUCUAGAAUUGAAAAUGAUGAUGAUGCAGAUAAAAAAACGAUGUUUGAAAAUUUAUUAAAAAUGAUGAAUAAUUGUCAUGAAAAUUUUGGUUCAUCUUCAAGUGGUAUUUUGAAAUUAGAAGAACGUCUAAAAAAAAUUAAAACCGAAGGACAAUGGGAAACUUUUUUACACACUGCUGGUAAACAGGUUGCAUUAAAAAGAAGAGAUGGUGCUAUGAUAAAAGUUCAACCAACGUCAAUCGCAAGGAGGUCUGCAAAAGUCACAAAAGGCAGUAAACGAUUAUUAGCAGGCCGACCUCCAUCAGGAGAAAAGACUAUGGGGAAAAGAAAAAAACGAAACCUAGGGUUGAACAUAAACUUAAACCAAACAAAUGCUAAAAGUCAUGGACCUUUUUAAAGUUGUAAUAUUCAAUAUGAAUAUAUUUUACACUAUUAAUAGACGUAAUAUAUGUAUAUAUAUAUAUAUAUGUAUUUUUUUUAAGGACAAAUAUUUUAACUAUUAU